AUGUUGCAGGAUAUGGCUGUGAAUGAAUCGCAACAGGAUGCCGGGCCUCAGGUCCACACUCAGUGGAAUCCCUGCAUGGCAGAGAUACUAGAGGAAGAGACAGAGCUGGUCUCACCGAAUUCUGAGACCAAAAAUAAGAUGAAAGAUUGGAAGACAAAGAUGGAAAUUUCUGAAGAAAAAGAUUCAGCAAGGGCUGUAUCAGAAAGACUCCAAAGACAGAUCUCCCAGGAAUGUGGGUUAGUUGAAACUGGUGAUCCUGAGGACAGGUUAUUGAGGUAUUGGGUAAGCCCCUUAGAGGAUGCAGUGGUACAUCCCCCUUCCCAAGAGAGAGGUAUAAGGGAAGUGAAUCUGAUCCCCAAGAAAGCCAUUGCAGGAGAGAGAGUCCAUGGAUGUAUGGAAAGAGAAAAAAUACUUUCUGCAGGAGAAAGAUCCCACAGAUAUGAAGUCUGUGGCCAGAGCUUCGAACAGAAGUCAGAAGUAACUGAACAUCAGAAAACUGGUAAUAUAAAGAAAACCUAUGAAUGUAAGGAAUGUGGAAAAACUUUCAAUCGGAGCUCAAACCUGAUUGUACAUCAGAGAAUUCAUACAGGAAAGAAACCGUAUGUAUGUAGUGAAUGUGGAAAAGACUUUAAUCAAAGUUCAAAUCUUAUUAUACAUCAGAGAAUUCAUACAGGAAAGAAACCUUAUAUAUGUCAUGAAUGUGGAAAAGACUUCAAUCAGAGCUCUAACCUGAUCCGACAUAAGAGAAUUCAUAACGACGAGAAUCCCUAUGAAUGUAAAGAGUGUGGAAAGGCCUUCAAGGGAAGCUCGAACCUUGUCCUGCACCAGAGAAUUCACAGUGGAGGGAAGCCAUAUGUAUGUAAUGAGUGCGGGAAGGCCUUCAGUCAAAGCUCAGAUCUUAUUAUCCAUCACAGAAUUCACACUGGAGAGAAACCCUAUGAAUGUUAUGAAUGUGGACAAACUUUCAGUCAGAGUUCACACCUUGUCACACAUCAGAGAAUUCAUACUGGAGAGAAACCCUUCAAGUGCAACACCUGUGAAAAGGCCUUCAGGCAGCGUUCACGCCUCACAGAACACCAGAGACUCCACAGUGGGGAGAGACCCCAUGAAUGUCACAAAUGUGGGAAAUCCUUCAGUGGGCGCACAGCCUUUCUUAAACAUCAGAGACUACAUACUGUAAAGGAACUUGAAUGUGAAAAAGCCUGCACUUCUGACUUAGCUCUUAUCCAACAACAGAGAAUUCACAGGGAAGAAAAACCUUAUGAAUGUACUGAGUGUGGAAAAACUUUCCGGGGAAGUUCAGAUCUAAUUCGGCAUUGGAUAACUCACACUGGAGAGAAACCCUAUGAAUGUAAUGAAUGUGGGAAAGCCUUUAGCCAGAGGUCGCACCUUGUUACACAUCAGAAAAUUCACACUGGAGAGAAACCCUAUCAGUGCAAUGAAUGUGGGAAAGCCUUCCGGCAGCGUUCACUCCUUGUCCAGCAUCACAGAAUCCACAGUGGUGAGAAACCCUAUGAAUGUAAGGAAUGCGGAAAAGCCUUCAUCUGGCGCACGGCUUUUCUCAAACAUCAGAGACUUCAUACUGGAGAGAAACUUGUGGAAGGUGAGAAAACAUUCAGCAAGGAAGAGUUGCUUAGAGAAGAGCGGAGAAUUCACCAAGAAGUGAAAGCUUAUCAGUGCAAUCAGUGUGGUAGAACUUUCCGAGGCAGCUCAGACCUCAUCCGACAUCAGAACACCUACUGAAUGCUGGCAGAAGACCUCAGACUUCCCAAAAGACGCCCUCAGGUGACCUACACACAGAGGUGUGGCCAAAUCCAAAGCUGAACCGCAGGAGCUGUGCGAACAAAGAAGAGAAAGGGAAAUCCCUCCCAGCAGCCUCAGGAGCAGCGGAUUAAAUCUCCACAAUCAAAUUGAUGUACCCUGCAUCCCUGGAAUACCUGAAUAGACAACAAAUCAUCCCAAAAUUGAGGGUCUUGGUGCUCUGGCCGGGUGUCAGGCUUGAGCCUCUGAGGUGGGAGAGCCAAGUUCAGGACAUUGGUCCACCAGAGACCUCCAGCCCCCACAUAAUAGCAAACGGCAAAAGCUCUCCCAGAAAUCUCCAUCUCAACGCUAAGACCCAGCUCCACUCAACGACCAGCAAGCCACAGUGCUGGACACGCUAUG